UAGUAGAUGCCAGGCCGUUGCCAGUGUUUCUCAUCAGCUUUCACAGGGGCGCUGAGAGAGUCAGAGCGCAUAACUGACACCGCUGACCACCAACUUCUGACUCCAGCUAAUCUGCACCCGGGCUUCCUCAGCCUACAGAAGACUCAUUUUAAUGCCUCAGGAGGAGUUCUCCCUCCUUUGUCCGGAGCUGAACAGGAUGGCCAUGUCCCAGGAGUCAUUGACCUUCAAGGAUGUGUUUGUGGACUUCACCCUGGAAGAGUGGGAGCAACUGGACUCUGCACAGAAGAACCUCUACAGGGAUGUCAUGCUUGAGAACUACAGCCACCUGGUGUCUGUGGGGUAUCUAAUUGCCAAACCAGAUGUGAUCUUCAGGUUGGGACAAGGAGAAGAGUCCUGGGUGGCAGACAGAGGAAGCCCAAUGCGGAGCUGUCCAGAAGUCGGGCGAGUUGAUGAGCAGAUAAAUAACUACAAGGAAAUCCAAGACAAACCUCUGUGGCAAGAUGAAUUCACAUACAAAGAAACACUGAAGGAUGAAAGUGGUGAAGAAUGCAGACCAUGUAGAAAAAUCAGUUAUUUGAACACAGAUUUUGUUUCUAUAAGACAAAGACUUCCUAAAUAUUACUUAUGGGAAAGGUGUUCAAAACAUAAUUUAAGCUUUCUUAGUGAGAACAGAAGCUAUGUAAGAAAGAAAGAUGGCAGAUGUAAGGCAUAUUGGAAAUUAUGCCUCCAUUCUAAUCUUGAUAAAGCUCAACCUGCAGAGAAAUUCUCUGAACCUAAUCAACGUGAAAAAGCCCCCCACCCUAAGCAAGCCCUUGAUAAAAGUCAGAGAAUUCAAACUGAGGAGAAACUGUAUGAAUGUACUGAAUGCGGAAAAGUGUUUAUCCAGAAAGCAAACCUUGUUGUACAUCAAAGAACUCACACUGGAGAGAAGCCUUAUCAAUGCUGUGAAUGUGCAAAAGCCUUCAGCCAGAAGUCAACUCUGAUAGCACACCAGAGAACUCAUACAGGGGAGAAGCCCUAUGAAUGCAGUGAAUGUGGGAAAACCUUUAUCCAGAAGUCAACUUUAAUUAAACAUCAGCGAACUCAUACAGGAGAGAAACCAUUUGUAUGUGGUGAAUGUUCAAAAGCCUUUAAGAGUUCAUAUCACCUUAUGAGACAUGAAAAAACACAUAUUAGACAAGCAUUUUCUAAAGGUAUCAAAUGUGCUAAAUCCAGCCUUAUACAUCAAAGGACUCAUAUGGGUGAGAAACCUAUGUGCAGUGAACAUGAGAGAGCUUUUGAUGAGAAGCCCACUCCCAUUAAACAUCAGAGAACUCAUACAAAAGAGAAACCUUAUGAGUGCAGUAAAUGUGGGAAAAGAUUCAGAACAAAGUCACAUCUCUCUGUUCAUCAUAGAAUUCAUACAGGUGAGAAACCCUAUGAAUGCAACAUAUGUGGGAAGACUUUCAAUGGAAAGUCACACCUGUCUGUCCAUCAUAGAAUUCAUACAGGAGAGAAACCCUAUGAAUGCAGACGAUGUGGCAAAGCCUUUGGUGAGAAGUCAACCCUUAUUGUACAUCAGAGAACUCAUACAGGAGAGAAACCCUAUAAAUGCAGUGAAUGUGGGAAAGCCUUCAGUGAGAAGUCACCACUGAUUAAACAUCAGAGAAUUCACACAGGAGAGAGACCCUAUGAAUGCAGUGACUGUGGGAAAGCCUUCAGUAGGAAGUCAACUCUCAUUAAACAUCAGAGAAUUCAUACAGGAGAAAAACCCUACCAAUGUAGUGAAUGUGGGAAAGCCUUCAGUGUGAAAUCAGCUCUCAUUGUACAUCACAGAACUCAUACAGGAGAGAAACCUUAUGAAUGCAGAGAUUGUGGUAAAGCCUUCAGUGGGAAGUCAACUCUUAUCAAACAUCAGAGAAAUCAUACAGGAGAUAAAACAUAUGAAGAUACUUGAGAGUGAGAUAAUUUCACUAGGAGCUAUAUAUUAAAAGUAGUUUAUUAUAUAUGAAAAAAUUCAUCCUGAGAUGUAACCUUAUAAAUGUCAAGAAUGUUAGAAUUUCUUUAUAUAUUGUUUACUGUUCAUUUAACUUAAUAAAAGGCACAAAAGUAUAAUUCCAUAUGUACAAUAGAUGUGAUCAAUUUUUCACCCAGAAUUUUUUACCCAUCAGCAAAGAACUGUAUGUCAAAGAAUUCAAAAGGGGCAAAACUAAGCAUACCAAUGUGCAAAAGCUUUCAGAAAGAAGUUAAAUGUCAUUGCCUAUCAGAGGAUUUAUGCUAAGGAAAAACUAAAUUUAAUGUGUGUAGAAACCCAUGUUAGAUAUUAUGAGAGAAUUCAUAUUCCAUAUUUUUUACCAAACAUUUUGUGGUAAAGGUGCAGAGGUGACAAGCACUCACUUAUAAAGUUAAGGUAUGGUCACUGUGGAUCAGAGUAGAGUAUGACAUUUUUGAAAGAAUAGUAUAAGGCAUAAAAUAUUGUAGGUAGGGUAAACUCCCAGGUUAUUUCUUACAUAGACAGAAAAAAUCCUUCCUUAAAUAGGGUGAGAGAGAAUGAGACAUCAGGAUUCCUGAAACAAAGAAACUCAGGAAACUAUACAUAUUAUUCAUCAAUAUCUUCAUUGCAAAAAUGCAGACCCCUUACAGAAAUGGCAUAUAGUAAGCUAUGACACAUGUCCCUUAGGAACAGUGCAUACAACUUAAUAUUUUCUUUUAAGAAAGUAAUAAUUUUAUGGAGGUAGUAAAAGAUUUGACAUUUUCAGAGUAUCUCCCUUAAAAUAGUGAAAAAAAAGAAAAUUGAAUAUCCAAUGACAGGUGAUUGAUUAAAAAUUGAUAUGUCAAUAAGGUAAAAUAACCUGCACCAAUUAAGAAUUUUAGCUGGCCAGUUAGCUCACCUGGUUCAGCAUGGUGCUAAUAACACCAAGGUCAAGGGUUUGGAUCCCUGUGCUGGCUAGCUGCCAAAAAAAAUUUUCUUUUUUCUAAUUUUAUUACCUUAGAGGAUUUUGGAAAAUGUUUAUGGCAAACUAAGUGAAAAAGCAGAUUAUAAAACAUUGCACCAUAUGGUUUACAUUGUAAAAAUAGGAAGGAUAGGCACCAUUAUAUCAGUGAUGGUGGUAGAAAUACAGAAAUCUUAUGAUGAGUAAAAUUAUAUGAACAUAGAUAUGUAUAAAUAUAAACUUUGUAUUAUAUCUAUUUUAUGGGUGUGUGUGUGUAUAGACACAUACAGCAUAGAGCUAGAAAGGAAAUACACCAAAUUAUUAAGAAAAUUAACAUUUGAAU